AUGGGAGGCAAAGACUUUUUGAUUGAAAAUGCAAUUUUUAAUGCCUCUUCAGUGAUAACGUGCAGGUUCAAGAAGGAUGUCACAACCCAUGGCUAUGUGGAUCAGGAUGGAAGAGCCCACUGCAUCUCCCCGUUGCUGUACGAGACUGGUUUCAUCCCUUUUGAUGUUUCCACAGAUGGGAAGACGUUUCCAUACUCUGGAACUUGGUUAUCAGUGCAUCACAGCAAAGUUGCAGAUGGAGAAAAAUGCACACUGGUAAAUGAGACAAAAUGGCAAUACUAUGGCACCCCCAACACCGAUGGAAAUUUAACUCUUACCUGGUCACACCAGGCACUUGCAACACCCAAAGUCAACAUAGAAGUCUGGGGAUACCAGGAAACAGGUGACAGUUACUCAGAAAAUUGGUCGGCUGAAUGGAAAUAUCUUUAUAUUUUGGCAAAAGAAAUUCCCAAUUCUGGGAAUUUUUCUUUCCUUCCUGUACCUGCUGAAGAAGAGUACAGUACGUGGGACUUUGGAAUUUUGAGAAUUACACCCAGCAACUAUUCUGGCGGGGAGAGCAACGUUCCAUCGAUCUGGAGCUCAGACCAUGCCUUGGCUUGGCACCUUGGGCAAGACUUCAGAAAAGACCCAAGUGCAUGGGCAACUGCGAAAUGUAUAGACUGGGAGAAAAAGGAGGAGAAGCUUCCAGACUUCAUGAAAGAAAUUAUAGAUUGCCCUUGCACCUUGGCACAGGCGAGAGCUGACACUGGCAGGUUCCAUACAGAUUAUGGCUGUGACAUUGAAAAGGGGAGUGUGUGUACUUACCACCCUGGUGCUGUGCAUUGUGUGAGAGCCAUCCAAGCCAGUCCCCGGUAUGCAGCAGGACAGCAGUGUUGCUACGACCACACGGGGACCCAGAUCCUCACCCGCGACUCCACGGGGGGCAGCACACCCGACCGAGGCCACGACUGGGGGUCACCACCUUUCCUGAAGCCUCCCCGGAUACCUGGCUUUUCCCAUUGGCUUUACGACGUCAUCAGCUUCUAUUACUGCUGCCUGUGGUCUGAUAAUUGUCAAAUUUAUAUGACAAAGCGGGCCUCCAGCGACUGCAGGACCUAUCGCCCGCCCCGAGCUGCAUCUGCUUUUGGGGAUCCUCACUUCCUCACAUUUGAUGGUCUGAACUUCACCUUCAAGGGUCAAGGAGAAUACACAUUGGUAGAGUCUGACCUCACAUCCCUGAGAGUGCAAGGGAGGACACAGCAGGUACACUUUCCCAACGGCACUGGGGCUGAGGUGACAGGCCUGGCUGCGGUGGCCGUGCGGGAGGACAACUCCGACGUGGUCGAAGUGCGCUACUCCAAUGACUCCAGUCUGCAGGUCCUGCUGAACCAGCGGGUCGUCGACUUCUCCGAGCAAAAUUGGCUGGACCUGAAAGGCCUCUUUCUCUAUUCUGCAGCUGAUCAGAAGAUCACAGCAAUGUUCUCUUCUGGCUCUGGAGUGGAAAUAAGGGGAAUUGGAGGAUUUCUGACUGUGACAGUUCUCCUCCCAGAGAAGUUUAUGAAUCACACACAGGGUCUCUUUGGGGUAAUGAAUGACAACACAGAGGAUGACUAUACCUUCAGGAAUAAAACCACCAUGUCAGUUCAUGCAAGUCCCCAGCAGGUGUUUGAGUUUGGAGCUAACUGGGCUGUUGAAAAUGGAACUUCUCUCUUUACUUAUGACACGGAGUCCCUACUGAAUGACUUCGUUUACCAGGAAAAGCACAAUGCUUCCUUUCUGCCCGUGUUCGUUCCACAUGAAGACCCUGCUGAUCCGCUGGUGGAAAAAAUGGUCUUGCUCUGUGACUCUGACCCCUUCUGCAGAUUUGAUGUCCUGACAACAAGAAAUCUUGAAGUGGGGAAUUCCACAAAACAAUCCCAUCAGAAUCACAAGCUCCUGGUAGAAAAUCUAAAGCCAGUGAUCUCUUGUGGCUGGCUGGGUCACCCAAACAACGGGAUGAAGAACGGAACUAACUACCUGCUGGGCUCGACCAUCAGUUUCACCUGCAAUCAGGGCUAUGCACUCAGCGGGGCGAAGGAAAGAACUUGCCAAGUGACGGGGACCUGGUCUGGAGACACAACCACCUGCGUCAAGACAGCAGAUAUCAACCAAAUGAUUGUUAUUGGCUGUGUAUUUGGAGUAGCCGGUCUUGCAGUCCUGGCGCGGCUGAUUUUCCUGUGUAGGAAAGAGAGACGCAACGCCAAGCAGAAACUUCUUUCAGAGAUUUGAGUUGCAUCUGAGCAAGAAACAACGAAAUUCCAGAAGGGUUUUUAAUGAAAUAAGAAAAAGCACGGCAGAGGAUUAAAACGUCCACAGCAACAAAGAUAGACUUCCAAAAAGAUAGACUUUCCGAACACAAAACACUGGUUUCAUACAGUAUGCUCUUGUUUGAUUUCUGCUUUUGAUGUAAUGAGUGUGGAAUUGUACGGGAAAGGAUAACCAAGGUCCUGGGAUGACGUGGUGGCAGGCUCAGCCUACCGUCUGCCGGGAGCAGAGGAUAACGCUCCCGAAAGCAUCACUCUCCAAGCCACGGGUGUUAAUUUGAAGUCGGUCAAAUGAAGAGAAUCAAAUGCUAGCCAUCAGCAGAGAAACAUUUGCCUGCUCUGGGGCCACGUGAGGCUGAUUUAGAUAGAUGGGAAAGUGGACACACCAAGACAGAGUACUGGCAAAUGGGGCUGAAUUUGCAGAUUGUUGGGGUUUUUUUUAGUAUGGAGAAAUAUUGUAGGUAUUUAAACAUAGAGUUCUUAUAUUUUGGCAAUACAGACUCAAAGUGGCGUUUUUAUUUCAGUUCUGACCAAAUUUUAAAAAGAUUACAAUUGGGAGGGAAGGAGGGAGGGGAAGGACUCAGAAAAUGAAACCUUUCAACCUUUCCUUCCAGGUUAACUUCUAAUGAUUUUUUGUUUUUUUUUAAAUCCAUCUUUACUCACUGUCCAAUUGGAGUCCAUCUUCAAAACUGGAAACGUUUGGCAAAACUUGCAAUGUUUUCCUUGAAUAACUGCAACGUGCAUACUGUUUCUGUUUUAAUACCUGGUUAUAUUACGGUGUGGUUCAUUAUCCUCAUUAAAACCCAAUU